AUGCGAAUGGUGUGUAGCGUAGAUGAAAUCAAAGGAGGGAUAACUCAAAUGCUAAGCUUCAUGAAGGACUUCAUGGAAAAGCAAGAGAAGGCUAAGGAGACGUCAAAUAAGGAAGCAUAUGAGCAAAAUGAUGACUUACUAGACGAUGGUAACCCAUUGCUAGGGUAUGUCCCAGGUGCUGGUCCCCCCAAAGAUAGGCAUUUCAAUCUAGGAGCAUACACACGGUCUUCUAAGAAAGUCACACAAGCCCUUGAGGAAGGUGAGACUUCUCAAGAAGGAUUUGUUCCUCCUCCACAGAAGGAAGGGACAUCCCGUACUGUACACAUUCCUGCUAACAAUUCUCCUAAAGAAGAUGACUAUCUGGACCUACAAUAUGGAUACCAAGAGGCAUAUAAUACAAUCCUAUCACCUCAACCUAAGCAAUCAUCCCAUAACGUUAUGGACGAGCCAAAGGAUAGUAAUCAAAUUAAGGCAUUGGAAGAAAGGUUUAAGGUUGUGGAAGGGUAUGACGCUUUUGAUGUGGACACCCUUGAAAUGAGCUUACUUUCAGACUUGGUUAUACCUCAUAAAUUUAAGGUGCCCAAUUUUGAGAAGUACAAAGGACUCACUUGUCCUAGAAAGCAUCUACGCAUGUACGUCAGGAAGAUGGCAGCCUAUGAUCAUGACCAAAAGCUCAUGAUGCACUUCUUUCAAGAUAGUUUGAGUGGGGCAUCCGUUGAUUGGUAUAUGCAGUUGGAAAAGACCAACAUUAGAAGUUGGACUGACCUUGCCAACACUUUCCUCAAACAAUACAAGUACAAUUUAGACAUGGCUCCUAAUCGUCUGCAAUUGCAAAAUUUGUCCCAAAAGAAGGACGAAGCCUUUAAAGAAUAUGCUCAAAGAUGGAGGGAAAUAGCUGCGCGUGUCCAACCUCCACUGCUGGAAAAAGAAUUAGUGGAUAUGUUCAUGAGCACCUUACAAGGACCAUAUUACAAGAGAAUGGUAGGUAGCGUAUCCUCAGGAUUCUCCGACUUGGUGGUUAUAGGGGAAAGGAUAGAAAAUGGCAUAAAAAAUGGGAAGAUUCAAGGAACCUUGUCUAGUCCCUAUUCAAAGAAACCAUCUUCAAGUUUCUCUAAAAAGAAGGAGGGAGAAACAAACACUGUGAUACAUCAAGAUGUUAGAACACCAAUGACAAUUCCCCAACAAAAAAACAGGUUCCCAGGGCCUCAAAGAAGUUUUGAUCCUCUCCCUACCUCAAGGAGUGAAAUACUGUGA